UAUUAAAUGACUGAGGUAGCUCCAAUAUUAAACAUACUUCUAGACAAUAGUACUACUAAUUUAAACCAAUAAAAUGGAUAAGGAAUUGCAAAGAAAAUUAAAAAGAAGGGGAAAUGUUGCUUUUCUAAAAAAUACAAACAGAAAAAAAUAUAUAAAUAUAUUUCACCAGAAGAAUCCUCAUCUGAAUGUGAUGGAUGGGAGGAAGAAGAUUAAUUCAAUAGAUAAUCUGAUUAUCGAAGAUAAAACAAAGAAAUAACAGAUCUUAAAUGUGUAGCUUGGAACCUUGAACUUUUUAUCAAAAAUGCAAAAUAAUAACUUGCAUAUUUGGAGGGAACUAUGCAGGUAAAUCAUGCAAGAAAUUGAUUUCACUUUUUUCUUUAUUUAAAUUUAUCAACUAUACCCU